AAAAGGAAAUGAAAGGAGACCUCAAGGUUCCGGUUGGCGUGACGCUUGCGCUGGCCCUUGUGUUCGCCUUCGGCGGUACAGUCACAGCUCAUCUCGACGAGCACACACACCUAUUGAGAAGACGUGAGUGAAAGAAUGUUAUAAAAAAUAAUAAUAAUUCCAGUAAUCAAAAAACAAUUCACAAUAGUGCAUUACCUGUAAACGACCGGACAAGAUUUACAAGUGACAAGUAAUUUAAACGUCAUGUGCAAUUACCGUAAAAGUGAUAUAUACGUUAAAAAUUCAAUUUUUCAUGUACAGUCCAAUAUUUAAAAUUUAUAAGUUUCUUACGUUAGACACUGUACUUGGAUCAUUUAUGCUGGCUAUCGUGAGUCUUUUGCGUAUUUAGGAUUGUUGUAACUAUACUCCUACAAAUACGUUGAUAUUUAUCAUAUUACCUGGGACUGUUCCCCAUGGACCAGAACCUCCUGUACCCGUGGGAAGAAGGUCGAUAACCGUGAAGCGUUUUUUAUUCCCUUCUCUAAAUCUACGUAACUCAGUCGGAUCCUCACUGUUUGGCUCUUUGCAUUGGAAUUCGUGUGCUCGAAAACGUAGUUUGCAGUGCCAGGGACGCUGUUGCGUAAUUCGCUCCUCUAUUGCUGUUACGUCGUUACGUUCAUAGAGUGAAGACUGUUCAGUUCAGCCUACGUUUGCCCAACGUGCGUGCACUGUGUUCUUGUAGAGUGAAGUGUCAAUCUUUAGAGGCUACGCUUAUGCCACGCGAGAACUAGUGUAAAUGGAAGUGUCUUGCUUGGAUAGUACGCAAUAGCAUAGUAGUGAAGGGUCAGGCAUCUCUUGACCAGCUUUCUCAGCCAGACACACCUGGAGGAAGCAUGCUAUCGAGAAGAAAUCAUCCUGGAGGAUCAGGAGGAUCUGGAGGAUCGUUUGCGUUCCUUGAGGAUGAAGGGUAGAGGAUUCAACAGAAUCUACCUCCUAGUCCUCCUCUUCGUGUUGCUUCGUAUUCCAUGCUACCUCGUGAGCGGCAACCUGACGUGCAGGGAUCAAGCAUUGCCUAGCUUUUCAGAAACUCUGGCUUCCUGUGAGUAUGAUAAGGACUGCGUGGAGAAUGCAUACUGCUGGAAUCAGCAGACAUGUCUAUGCAUGACUGGAUAUCUUGUAGACAGGAAUCGUACUCACGUGCAGUGUCUAAGAACUGCCACUGCGAUGGGGGAUCCAUGUACGAAGGACGUGCAGUGUAGCGUGACCUUCACAGCCCAAGCGGAAUGCCGGGACAACGUGUGUCAGUGUUCCAUUGGCUCCCACUUUCAAGCCGGACGAUGCUAUCAAACAGUCAGAAUAGGUCAGAUGUGUCAGACUUCGAAAAACUGUUACGUUGAAAACUCACCCAGUUAUUGUGUCACUGGUUUCUGUGAAUGUCCAUUUCAACAUCACCCUAAUUCAGAUGGUACAAGAUGUAUAAGAAGUUCAUUUUUGGACGAUCAGUGCUCCGGCGACGAGGAAUGUGUCGCUCAAAAUUCAAGGUGCUUGAACGUCUGUCGCUGCAACGUGGAUCACGUGAUGUCUUCUGAUCGGAAGAGAUGUCUGAAAGCUGCCAAUGUAAUCGGUGAAUCGUGCAGUGAGCAUGCGCAGUGUCAGGAGUUCAUGACGAAUGCACAAUGCAAUGAGGAAAGGUGCUCUUGCGUUGAAGGCUACCAUCAACGUGGUCCAGUAUGUUAUAGAAGUGUCAAGCUCGGUCGAGCCUGCGAGACUCAUCGACAAUGCGUUACGCCCACGAAUAGAGAUUCCAACACCACCGAAGUCACAAGUGUUGAUUGUAUUUAUGGAAUGUGCACCUGCGCUUCCGACUAUACCACUACGGAGGAUCAAUUGGAUUGUAUUCGCUACAGCGAUAACGGUACUGGAAAUCUUCAGAUUAAUUGGCUCGCUUUAUUAAUGAUUUUGGCGAGUUUUUAUAGAUUUUAAUAAAAGGAACAAAGAAACAAGCAGGUAGGACAAACUUUUGUCUUAGAAAAAAAAAUGUGACAUUUACAAAUGAAACCUUGGCGGUUACAAGGUUCGUAUUAUAAACGAAAUCUUCGCUGGUUCGCAUAUUACAUGCAUAAUUGCACCGAAGUACAUAGUAUUACUAAUGCUUAUAUGAGUAGCAUACUGUUACCAUUGCUAGAUGCAAAGAAUGACGGACGUUCGAGGAAGCUUCUAUUUAUUAAUAUUUUCUAGAGAAUGUUGCAAAUAAUAAAGAGUUAACAAUAACUUAUACGAUAAUGAA